GCUUCCACAGGCGCGUGGAGGAGGAAGUGUCAGUCCAUGUUUGGAAAUGUUCCCCUGUGGCUCUGCUCCGCUUCAGUGGAAGGAAAAGCGCUCAGCUGGAGAACACGCAGUGCUGGACUCCCAUCCCAUUACCGCUCCCGACUUUAAUAACAGAAACAACAAUCCUCAUCGUUCCUAUCAGCAUGGCUCAAGCAAAGAUCCAGGCCAAGAUGAACGAAGCUGCCUGCAGUAAGUUCAGCAGGACGCUGUCCAUGGCUGAUCGCUCCGGACGGCUGCUGGAAACUUUGGAUCAGCUGGAAAUAAGGGUGGAGGCUUUACGCGAAGCCGCAUCUGCCAUGGAGCAGGAAAGGGAGAGCAUCCUGGAAAUGAUUCAGUCUUUGCAAAACAGUCAAGAAAUGCGUAACAUCUGUCCGGGUGAGAGAGAAGAGUUGACUUUAACCGCCGACCGUCUGAUGGGCCGAACGCUGUGUGUGGAGAUCUCUAUUGGCACAAUCAGGAACCCCCAGCAGGAGGAAGCACUGCAGAAGGCAACAUCUAUAAUAGAUGAAAUAGUGAAAAAGUUACUGAGUGACAUGGAAGGUGCUCGGCACCAGCUGCUGGCCCUGCACGCGGCCUGUGUAACUGAAGCGCCGCCUGUCCCCAUUGACCAGAAGUUUCAGGCUGUAGUGAUCAGCUGCGCUCUGGAGGACCAGAAGAAGAUCAAGAGGAGGCUGGAGACUCUGGUGAGGAACACUGAAAACGCUGAGAAGAACAUCAAGAUCAUGGAUCACCAAAAACUUGAUGAUACAAAAGCCAAUGGAGGACACUAAGGCUGGUUAUAAACACACCUAAAGCCUGUGUUUAAUUCCUCUAACCUCAUGAAGAAUUGCUGUAAACUUUGAUGGAUUUAAUUAGUUUUAGAAGACGUCUACCUGUUGCAGCAAAGCAAGUCUUUUUGGGAAACAGAAAAAUACAGUGCCUCCCAAAAGCAGCCAUAACACCUGAUUUUUUAUACUGCAACAUCAAACCUCAAUGUAUUUUAUUUGGAUUGUAUGCAACUGAUUGGCAUAAUCUUAUAACGUAGAUGUUUUAAUUAGAAUAAAAUGGCUACCAUGUCUUUCCUAUUGAAUUUUUUAAACUGUACAGGUACAAAAAUACAUUGAAGUUUGUAGUUGGCAUAAAACAAAACAUUUAAGAGUUCAGGGCAAAAAAAACCCCAAAAAACAUAAGGGAUGAAAAUGCUUUGAACAAUAAAAUAAAAAAGGGAAAUAUUGUUUACACUAAUUUUAUCCAUGUUCACAAAGUCAGGAGUUGAUUUUAACAAAUUGCACUUGAUGCAACAUUGUGGCACUAUUUCUACAUUAGACUAGAACUUUUCAAUUAUAAGUAAACCAUUUUUAGUAUCCAAAUACUGUAUAAACAUUAUGAGAAUACUACUCUACAGUUGCUUUAUUUUAGCUUAGUUGAGUCAUUCAAUUAAGUAUUUUUGACUGUAAUCUUUGAACCUCACCUUAGGUAGUUUGAAGGAUAAAGGAUGCACUUAACACUACCUCCUUGUGUGACGGCACUAACACACA